CAAGGAGCUAAAUUCCUGAAUGAGUGUUUUCUCGUGUCGAUUAACCUCAAAUAUUUUUUCUCUGCGUACAUCCUUAAAAUUCAAAGUGAUUACAUUUAAAAUAGCGAAUGAUGGAAAGCCCAGAGGAUACAGUUAGGGUGAAGGAAGAGCCGAUCAAUGAUACUUGGCCGGUGGCAGGCGAUAAUAUUUUCGAUUCGGUGGACUCAUGCAAAGCCGUUAAAUGUGAAACACUGCCGUUUCAUAAAUCAUCAGCACAAUUGGCGAGUGAGACUGGAGCGUCGCGGGAGAGUUUAGGUAAUGAAAUAUUCGCAGAUUAUGAGUGCCAAUAUGUUAAACUUGAACCGACAUCUUUUUCGACAAGAGUCUGCAAAACUGAGUAUCAAAGAUACCCAUCCGUUUUGAAAAUAGAAAACUUGAAUCAGAAAAAUUACUCUAAUGGAAAAAGUCUGAUGAUUUUGAUAAAAAAGGAUUUCGAUUAUGAUAAUAAUUGUCAAUUCCAAGCGGAUUCCCGAUUGAAAAUUGACGAAUUUAAGAAGAUGAAAAUAUUUAGAAAUAUGACUGGCACCAAUUUAUCUUGCAAGUAUAUAAAGUGUGGAAAAUUUUGUCAAGGAGAAGCAAAGUUAAAUUCACGUAUCAGUUCGACAGUUAAGCGUAUUAGAUCUCACGAAUGUGGCAUUUGCCACAAAUUAUUUGAUUAUAAAAGCUACCUCAAACGUCAUCUCAACGCAGUGCAUUAUCGCAGUAAACUCUUUCAAUGCCAAACUUGUCAGAAAUCAUUUUCACACCAAGGUAAUCUUAAUAAGCACUUAAAAACAAUACAUGAUCUUCGCAAACCCUUCGAAUGUCAUAUUUGUCACAAAUCUUUCGGACGAAAAGAACAUCUUGAAAUUCACACAAGUACAGUACAUGAUCGUAGCAAACCCUUCAAAUGUGAUAAUUGUUACAAAUCAUUUUCACUCCGAGGUAAUCUCAAUUCUCACAUAAAUGUAGUACAUAAACGCAUUAAAUCCUUCGAAUGUGAUAUUUGUCGCAAAUCAUUUGGAUACAAAAAACACCUUGAAAGACACAUAACUGCAGUACAUAAUCGGAGCAAACCCUUCAAGUGUGACAUUUGUCACAAAUCAUUUGGACAAAAAUCUGUCCUCAAAUCACACAUAAUGAAAAUAUAUCAUCGUAAAUGUGCUAAAGACUCACACAAAUGCAGUACACAGUCAUGGCAAACUGUAAAAGGAUGA